AUGGUGGCUACGCCACUGCUCCACACCACUUUUCGAUAUGCCACUGGAAAAGACACCGUGAUGAUGGUAGUUGGGGGGUUGUGUGCCUUCAUACACGGUGUAGCGUUACCUCUCAUGCUUGUAGUAUUCAGCCAGAUGACAAACAUAUUUGUGGAGUACCAGAUUGAGAUCGAUACACUGCGAGACCCAAGCAAGGAAUGCAGCAACAACACCAUCUAUUGGAAAAAUGGCUCCAUAUAUGAACCAGCUCAAAACAGCACUGUGUACUGUGGGGUGGAUAUUGAAUCAAAGAUGACCAUAUUUGCAUAUUACUAUGCUGGAAUUGGAGUAGUAGUCUUGUUUACUAGUUAUUUUCAGAUUUUCUUCUGGGUGUCAUCAGCCACAAGACAAAUUCAUAGAAUGAGAAAGGACUAUUUCAGAAAAGUAAUGCGAAUGGAGAUCGGAUGGUUUGACUGUAACUCAGUGGGUGAACUGAACACAAGGAUGACAGAUGGUAUCAACAAGAUAAACAAUGCCAUCGCUGACCAGGUGUCUACCUUCAUUGAGAGGAUCUCAGCGUUUGUGGGUGGCUUCAUGGUGGGAUUCAUUGGAGGAUGGAAGCUCACUAUGGUUGUCAUAGCAGUGAGCCCGCUGAUUGGAGUGGCUGCUGGACUCAUGGCCAUGGCUGUGUCCAGGCUGACCGGACGAGAGCUCAGUUCCUAUGCAAAGGCCGGGGCAGUGGCCGACGAGGUCCUGACAUCCAUCAGGACAGUCGCAGCGUUUGGUGGGGAGAAAAAAGAAACUGAAAGAUAUGACAAAAACCUGGAGGAGGCUCAGACCUGGGGUGUGAAAAAGGGCGCCGUCGUUGGCAUUUUCCAAGGAUUCAUGUGGAGCAUCAUUUUCUUUUGUUACGCUCUGGCCUUUUGGUAUGGAUCUCAAUUGGUCAUUGACACUAAAGAGUUAACUCCUGGUACUCUUAUUCAGGUGUUUUUUGGAGUACUCGCUGCAGCAAUGAACCUGGGCCAGGCCUCACCGUGCCUGGAGGCCUUUGCUUCAGGUCGAGCCUCAGCAAAAAACAUAUUUGACACAAUUGAUCGGAAACCAGAAAUGGAUUGUUUCUCAGAAGAAGGUCACAAGUUAGACAAAGUCAAAGGUGACAUUGAGUUCCAUAAUGUCACUUUCUCAUACCCGUCUCGGCCUGAAGUCGAGAUUUUAAAUGACCUAAGCAUGCAGGUCAAAGCAGGGGAAACCACGGCUUUUGUGGGUCCAAGUGGAUCUGGAAAGAGCACCACAAUCCAGCUUUUCCAAAGGUUUUAUGACCCAAAGAGAGGAAUGGUGACUUUGGACGGGCAUGACAUUCGUACUUUAAACACCCAGUGGCUCAGAUCUCUCAUUGGUAUUGUAGAGCAGGAGCCAGCGCUGUUUGCGACAACCAUCGCAGAAAACAUCAAGUUUGGUCGACCUGGAGUAACCAUGGAAGACAUCAUCCAGGCGACAAAAGAGGCUAAUGCCUAUAAUUUUAUCAUGGCUCUUCCACAGAAAUUUGACACGAUGGUGGGAGAAGGUGGAGGACAGAUGAGUGGAGGACAGAAGCAGAGGAUUGCUAUCGCUCGAGCUUUGAUCAGAAACCCCAGGAUUCUGCUGCUCGAUAUGGCCACAUCCGCCUUAGACAAUGAGAGUGAGGCUGUUGUCCAGGAGGCAUUGGAUAAGGUGCGCAUGGGCAGGACAACAAUUUCUAUAGCUCAUCGUCUUUCCACGAUAAAAAAUGCCGACAUCAUCAUUGGUUUUGAGCAUGGACAGGCUGUGGAGAGAGGAACACACACUGAGCUAAUAGAAAGGCAAGGUGUCUACUUUACCCUGGUCACCCUGCAGAGCCAAGGCACACCCAACAAAAGUAAAGAUGCAAUCAGUGAAGCUCAUGAAGAUGCCAUUCAUCUGAAAAGUUUGAGCCGCACAUCAAGUCAAAGGGGCUCUGUUCGACUGAGAUCUGAAAGCAAAUUGUCCAUUCACGCAUUAUCAGAGAGCCUCAAUAUCCCCUCAGACUACGAGUUCAUAUCAGAAAAGGAAUCUGAGGAUGUUGCAGACGAACAUGUAGAGCCUGCCCCAGUAGCACGUAUUCUCAAAUACAACAAACCGGAAUGGCCCUACAUGCUGAUGGGCUCGAUAGGAGCUGCUAUCAAUGGCUUUGUCACCCCUGUUUAUGCUAUCCUGUUUAGCCAAAUUCUUGGGACAUUUUCCAUGGCUGACUUGAACCAACAGAGGGAACAAAUCAACGGUAUAUGUGUUCUGUUUUGCAUUGUGGCUGUGGCUAGUUUCUUCUCCCAGUUCUUACAGGGAUAUUCUUUUGCUAAGUCUGGAGAGCUGCUGACCCGCCGUCUGAGGAAAGUGGGCUUCCAGGCCAUGUUGAGUCAGGAGAUUGGCUUUUUUGAUGAUCCCUCAAACAGCCCUGGAGCUCUGACCACCCGACUGGCCUCUGAUGCAUCCAUGGUGCAGGGGGCAACAGGAUCUCAGAUCGGCAUGAUAGUGAGCUCGUUGACCUGCAUUGGAGCGUCUUUCAUCAUUGCUUUUAUCUAUAGUUGGAAGUUAACUUUGGUUAUUAUGUGCUUCCUGCCACUACUCGGAUUGUCUGGAGCUUUCCAAGCCAAAAUGCUGACAGGUUUUGCAAAUGAAGAUAGAGAAUCCAUGGAAGAAGCAGGCCAAGUAUCCAGUGAGGCUCUUUCCAACAUCAGGACGAUUGCAGGCUUAAACAAAGAGACCUUUUUUGUGGAAUCAUAUGAGCAGAAACUGGAGCUUCCAUUUAUAUCUGCCAUAAAGAAAGCCAACAUCCAUGGGCUUUGUUUUGGUUUUUCCCAGUGUGUCCUCUUCAUGGCAUACGCUGCUUCCUUUCGAUAUGGAGGCUACCUGGUUAGCUCUGAGGGAUUACUGUACACAUAUGUCUUCAGGGUGAUUCUGGCUGUAGUAAUGAGUGGGACAGCAAUGGGCAAAGCUUCCUCCUUCACUCCAGAUUACUCCAAGGCCAAAAUAGCUGCUGCUCAGUUUUUCAAACUAUUGGACAGAAUUCCCAAAAUCAGCACAAGCCAUGCAGUUGGAGAGAAAUGGGAUAACUUCAAAGGUGAAAUACAGUUCCUUAAUUGUAACUUCACCUAUCCAACUCGACCAGAUGUGCAAGUGUUGAACGGCCUGGUUGUGUCUGUGAAGCCUGGUCAGACUUUGGCGUUUGUUGGAAGCAGCGGCUGUGGAAAAAGCACCAGUGUUCAACUGUUGGAAAGGUUUUAUGACCCUGAUCAAGGGCGUGUGUUGAUUGAUGGCCGCCCAUCUCAAAAUGUCAAUGUGCCCUUCCUAAGAUCCCAGAUUGGCAUAGUGUCCCAGGAGCCAGUUUUGUUUGGCUGCAGCAUAGCGGAGAAUAUUCAAUACGGAAAUAACACAUGCAGUGUCAGCAUGGAAGAGAUUGUUGAGGCUUCUAAGAAAGCCUACCUUCAUGACUUUGUGAUGACGCUACCACAAAAAUAUGAGACUCAGGUUGGUACCCAGGGCUCCCAGUUGUCAAGAGGACAAAAACAACGCAUCGCCAUAGCCAGGGCCAUUGUCAGAAACCCAAAGAUCCUGCUACUAGAUGAAGCUACAUCUGCCCUGGACACAGAGAGUGAACAGAUUGUGCAGUCUGCCCUGGAUGAGGCGAGAAAAGGACGAACCUGCAUCGUCAUCGCUCACCGUCUGUCUACUAUCCAGUCUGCGGACAUCAUAGCAGUGAUGUCUAAUGGUGCCGUGAUAGAACAAGGCACACAUGAUACUCUCAUGGCCAAGAAGGGCGCCUAUUUUAAUCUGGUCACAACAGGUGCUCCUAUCAGCUAGACAGACAGAAGAAUGAGCGUAUGACGACAAUUAUGUUGAAUGGGUGUUAUAGUACAAGAAGACUUUUUUUCUUUUGGCAGGUAUAGAAUAUAAAUAUUUGAAUAAUUUGUUUUAGUGAUCUUGUAGUUUAUUAUUGAAAAAUGUAAAAAUUGAAAUAACAAUAAAGUUA